GCUAUCCUCAGUGUGCGGAGAGCGACCGCAGUGUACACCAUCUCCACGUUUUGGCAAAGGAGACGGCAUCGUUGCCGGAGUGCACGAGAGUUAAAUCGCCGUUCGCACGGCGCAACGAUAAACGAUCAGCUGGAUCACGUCAGCGCGUCGUUACCCCUUCAUCUCUUCCCCCCCCCAUUCCCCCGCCCUGUCGUCGCCGAAAUCUGUUCGUCGGUUCGCGAUCCGGACGGGGCAUCCAUUUCGGACGGAUUUUUUCGGUGGGAGAGGACGCGUCGUCAUCGUCGCCGCCAGCCAGUUUGACGCGUUCGCGAGUUUCUCAUUCCCGCGUCAGCUCGUCGCUCCGCUACGCUUCCGAAGUGACGCGGCUUCCUCUCCUUGAUGUGUACGACGACGACGACGAGGCGGAGGACGGUCGGUAGUCACGCGGUCGACGCUCUCACCGGCGGUACCAGCGCUUCGGUGUCGAGUAACACCUAGCACGAGGAGCGUUCACUGCGGGGACGUCGGGGUGACGAGAUUCUCCGAACGACGAGUUUUUCCCCGCGUUAUUGGUGGUGAUGUUGCUAAUGUUGUCGCUCGCGUUGGUUCAAACGUAACGAGUAACUGACCACGCGCGACGUUGUUGAAUUUCUCAUUCAGACCGUGAGGCGAUUCAGUGUCGUUUUCUUCAGAGUAGAGGACACAUAGCUUUGCUUUUCCAAUCUAGUGUCACGCGGAAUUAAUUCGACGCUUUUCGCAAGUUACUCCGAGCGAUACUCCAAAGUGCUACUUACUCCGAAGACACGUGGAGUUGCAUCAGAUCGCUCUUAGCUCACGUGGUCGUCGGAUGCGUACCGGCGGCGCUCGUGGUUGUGCGCGACCCUCGCGCAGUUUAGACUCGUCGUGAGUGAUUACGUGCGGCGAAUCGGAGGAUUCUCCUCGCGCUCGUAAGUAGUACGCGGGGUAUUUAUGCUGCCCCCGGGCACCCUCGACGUAAUCCGCGCGAAACGUCAACUGUAUACUCGGUGAGUGUUCGCUUGUGAGGACAGUUUGUGCGGGACGACCGACGCAUUCCGGUGAAUGAGUCGAAUUCAUGUCGCGAAUAGAAGGUGAGGGAUGACGACGCACCGCUAUCGCGACUCCGUUGAAGGGGACGACGAGGACUCGUGAAGGCGACGACGAUUCGCGAGCACGAUUGUGACUACUACGAGACCGAGACACGACUCGUGGCUUGCGAUUCUUCGUAGAACUACAGGGAUCCGCAAGCACGCGGAAUCAAGCAGGCAGCGUGGAGCGCUCGGCGAUUGUGUGGCCGCGCGCCGCGGAUCUUUAUCUCUAUCAACCAGGCUGCGCGUUCCUCACCUACUACAGCCGUGACAGCGCAAUCAGCGCCCAGGACGCUCUGCAUGAGAAGCGGACUUUGCCAGGGGGUGUGACGGGCGACCGGCUGGCCGGGGGCGCCGCACACCUCCUCCAUCUCUUCUUCUUCUUGCCACGACCACAACACACAAUGUAACAACAACAACUACUACUACCACUACUACUACUACUACUACUACCACUACUAGUGUCGUCCGCGCGAACCACGUUCUCAAUGUACUCGAUGUGAUCAACGUUGUAUGCUACAACUUUGCCGCUGCGCAUCAUAUCGAUGAACCGUCCUAUUCAAGUGAAGCCAGCGGACAGUGAAAACCGCGGAGACAGAAAGCUGUUCGUUGGUAUGCUAAGCAAGCAACAAACUGAAGACGAUGUCCGACAGUUAUUCACUGCCUUCGGCACAAUAGAGGAGUGUACCAUUCUUCGUGGACCCGACGGAAGCAGCAGAGGCUGUGCAUUUGUGAAACUCUCGUCGCACCAAGAAGCACUGGCGGCGAUAAACUCUCUACACGGUAGCCAAACUAUGCCGGGUGCGUCAUCCAGCAUAGUGGUAAAAUUCGCAGACACUGAUAAAGAGAGACAACUAAGACGCAUGCAGCAAAUGGCCGGGAACAUGAGCCUCCUUAACCCCUUCGUCUUCAAUCAGUUCGGCGCUUACAGCGCUUACGCUCAGCAACAAGCGGCGCUCAUGGCAGCCGCGACCGCACAGGGAACAUACAUCAAUCCAAUGACUGCAUUGGCCGCUGGACAAUUGCCGCAUGCAUUGAAUGGCAUGCCAAACCCUGUAGUCCCGCCAACUUCUGGUUUGCUCGUAGGUACCGGCACAGGGCAACCGGUUAACGGGGCGAUACCGUCGUUACCGUCGCCGACGAUGCCCAAUUUUAACAUGGCCGCUCAAACGCCGAACGGCCAGCCGGCAGGCUCGGAUCCAGGUGUCUACACCAACGGAAUACCGCAGACUUAUGCGGGACAUGCCCUCCAUCUGUCCAUUCCAGCGCAGGGGCUGCCCAACGGGGAGGCGGCACUUCAGCAUGCCGCCGCGUAUCCUGGAAUGCAGGCUUAUGCUGGAGUGGCCGCUUACCCCGCCGUCUACGGCCAGUUUCCUCAGGCUAUUCCUCAGCCGAUGACCGCGGUGGCGCCCACGCAGAGGGAAGGAUGCUCUAUCUCAGGACCCGAGGGCUGCAACCUGUUCAUCUACCACCUGCCCCAGGAGUUCGGUGACGGCGAGCUCAUGCAGAUGUUUCUCCCGUUUGGCAACGUCAUCUCCUCCAAAGUCUUCAUCGACCGGGCGACCAACCAGAGUAAAUGCUUCGGUUUCGUGUCGUUCGAUAAUCCAACAAGCGCGCAAACAGCAAUCCAGGCGAUGAACGGCUUCCAAAUAGGGAUGAAACGAUUAAAAGUCCAGUUGAAGAGGCCCAAGGACGCCAGCCGGCCAUACUAACCCACGUCCUAGCCUAGAAAAUCUGGACGAGUCGCGCCCUACGUUAUAAAACUUACAUAAUGUCGUACGAGAACGUAAACUCGAUGGACGCUCGACGAUCAGGAGUGACGAGUUUGAAUCACCGUUACAACGCUCUCCACCGUAACAAUUUAGUAUACUAGUUAGUUAAUUCAUUAGAGGAUAAAAGAUUUAGAGGUCAGUAGGACAACAACGGCUUCAAUGACGUUGAAGUUCGUGCGGCGGUGGCGAAGAAGAGGCUGAAGCGAAAGCGAUGAAGGAUGUUCUGCGCUGAACCCAGUCCGAGAGAGAAUGAGUAAAGGAGGAGAAGACGAGAAGAGGAGGACGAGGCACGCUGAGACAACGUUUUUCCGGAUGCUCGGAUAACCCCGGAAUGCUUCGUCGUUAGACAACAUUGGCUUUCCCCUUUCUCCCUUUCACCAGCUCCCACUUCGAAUCUGCAUGUUUCUUUUGGAUCCUCCGCGAGGUUAGCCUCUGUCUCCUACUGCCAGGUGAGAGAUUACGUUCGAGCUCGAGGGCGCAUAAGCGGAACAUUUCGAGGAUCCGAUCAUCCUCCCGGAGAGACGUGCCGUUCCGGAAGCACCGGAAGUCCGGGCCGAGCUCGUCAUAUACGGCGACGUAUUACACUUGAACGCACGUCGUGUUGCGACGACAUCAAAAAUCGACGACAUCAAAACCGACAAUAGCCAAAUCGCGAAAUAUCCCGUCGAAAAAAAAAAAAAAAAAAAUACCUGUAGGGCUCUCGUCGUGUGUGUUCGUUGCCAGUUUGACGACGCGUCGUGUGUGCGCGCUUGCGAAAAAAAAAAAAAA